AUGUCCGAUAACCCUCCUAUUGACCUCAUUGACGUGUGCCAACUGCAGUCCUUGGGCAUCAACCCGGCCAGUUUUAACUUUAUGUGCACUACCCUUCAAUCUGACCACUAUGUGUGCUGCCGUGAAACUUCUGACACGAAGAACACAGUUGCCAUUGUUGACUUGAAGAACAACAACCAACUAACUCGCAAGAGUAUGAGCGCAGAUUCGGUUAUUAUGAAUCCUUCCGAUUUCAUUAUAGCCCUUCGUGCGAAUGGCACUACGUUGCAGGUUUUCAACCUUGGCACUAAACAGAGACUCAAAUCCAAUGUGAUGCACGAGCCUGUCAUCUUUUGGCAGUGGCUUAACGACAAAGAGAUUGGCCUUGUGAGCGCAAACCACAUCUAUCUUUGGAAUGUGCUGGAUGGUACCGAAAAUGGUCCUGUUCAGUUGACUGCUCGUCAUGUUUCCUUGGCCAGUUGCCAACUGACCCAGAUGGUUAGCAACUAUGACUCCUCAUGGUUUGCCCUUUGUGGCAUUGCUCAGGAGAACAACCGUGUUGUUGGCCAUAUUCAGUUGUAUUCCAAGGAAAGAAACAUCUCACAACCAAUUGAAGGUCACGUGUGCUGCUUUGGUAAAUUCCGUCAGCAGAGUGCCGCCGCUGAUACUCAGGUAUUUGCAUGCGCUUCCCGUACUGCCACCGGUGGCACUUUGCACUUGCUUGAGAUUGAACAUCAGCCCAAUGCUCCUGCUUAUCAGAAAAAGAGUGUUGAAAUCUUCUUUCCAUCGGAAAUUGCCAACGAUUUCCCUGUGUCAAUUCAGGUUUCUGACAAAUACGGUGUUGUCUACAUUCUCACAAAGUUUGGCUUCAUACAUUUAUACGAUCUAGAGAGUGGCAAGAAGAUAUUCCUCAACAGAAUUUCUUCAGAUCCAAUAUUUACUGCUGCCAAAUUCAAUGACGGUCGCGGACUAAUUACCGUCAACCGUGCAGGUGCCGUUCUGGCUGUGGAAAUUGCAACCGAUCGUAUUGUUCCAUACAUUCUUUCCAACUUGGCUGAUGUUGACUUGGCUCUAAGCUUGGCUUCCAGAGCUGGCUUGCCCGGUGCAGAGACCUUGUUUACUCAGCAAUUCAACCAGUCGUUGGCCACCGGUGACUAUCAAGCAGCUGUCAAAAUUGCAGCAUCUUCUGCUCAACUAAGAACUCCUGAUACUAUCAACAGAUUAAAGGCAUUAUCCGCCCAACCGGGUCAACCGGCUCCAAUCUUGCAGUAUUUGGUGUUCUUACUUGAUCGUGGCUCGCUUAACAAGUUUGAAUCUUUAGAGUUAGUUAGACCCUUAGUCCAACAGAACCGUGCUGAUACUUUGGAAAAAUACUUGAAAGAAGAUAAGUUGACUUGCUCAGAGGAAAUGGGUGACCUUGUCAAGUCUUCCAGUAUUCCUCUUGCAUUGGCUGUGUACUACAAGGCCAAUUCUUCCUCGAAAGUGGUUAAUUGUCUUGCCGAAUUAGGACAGACCGACAAGAUUUUACCUUUCUGUGAGAAGGUUGACUUUCAUCCGAACUACACUGCUCUUAUUCAGAGCAUUUUGCGUGUUAACCCUGAUAAGGCUGCCGAGUUUUCUACUCAGCUAUUGGUUUCUCAACCUGAUUUGAAGAUCGAGCAGAUUGCUGACAUUUUCUUUUCUCAGAAUUACAUUCAGCAAGGUACUGCCUUUUUACUUGACGCCCUUAAAGAUGAUAAGCCUGCUCAGGGCGAGUUGCAAACACGUCUUCUUCAAGUCAAUUUGCUCAACGCCCCUCAAGUAGCUGAUGCUAUUUUGGGCAACAAUAUGUUCUCUCACUACGAUAGACCAACAAUAGCUGCUUUGUGUGAGAAAGCUAACUUAAAUCAACGUGCUCUCGAAUUAUACGAUGAUACUAAGGAUAUCAAGCGUGUUAUUACGCAGCAUGGCGCAGAAAUUCCGGCUGACUGGCUUGUUGCAUACUUCGGUAAGCUUAGUGUUGAACAGACGAUUGCCUGUUUGCGCUCUAUGCUCGCCAGUAAGAACAAGACUCAGAACCUACAAACUGUCAUUCAGGUUGCCACAAAGUAUUCUGACUUGGUAAGUGCUCCAACUUUGAUCAAGAUUUUUGAAGAGUACGAUUGUACUGAAGGAUUGUACUACUACUUGGCAUCGAUUGUUAACACAACACAGGAUUCCGAUGUUGUUCUUAAGUACAUUCAAUCUGCCGCCAAGAUGGGACAGACAAAAGAGAUUGAGCGUGUGGUUAGAGACAAUAACGUUUACAAUGGUGAAAAAGUAAAGAACUUUUUGAAGGAUGCCAAUUUGGAAGAUCAAUUGCCGUUGAUAAUUGUUUGUGAUCGUUAUGAUUAUGUCCAUGACUUGAUUCUCUAUCUUUACAAGAACAAGUACUUCAAAUUUAUUGAGGUUUACGCUCAGCAGGUCAAUCCAUCAAAAACUCCCCAGGUAGUUGCCGCCUUACUUGACGUUGACUGUGAUGAAAACAUCGUCAAGACAUUACUUUUGUCUGUAGUUGGCCGUGUUCCAAUUGGUGAGCUCUGCGACGAAGUGGAAAAGCGUAACAGACUAAAGAUUCUCUUACCAUUUUUAGAAGCUUCCUUGCAGCAGGGUGUUACUGACGGGGCUGUCUAUGAUACCCUAGCAAAGAUCUACAUCGACUCCAACAAUAAUCCUGAGAAGUUUUUGAAAGAGAAUGAUCAGUAUAACACAUUAGUCGUCGGUAAGUACUGUGAGAAGAGAGAUCCAUCUUUGGCAUACAUUGCUUAUGAAAAGGGCCAAAACGAUGCUGAAUUGGUUCAGAUCACCAACGAAAAUGCUAUGUACAAGUAUCAAGCUCGCUAUGUGCUCAAUAGAUGUGACGCCCAAUUAUGGGCCAUCGUGUUAUCUGAUGAUAAUCAGCACAGACGUCAACUUAUCGAUCAAAUCGUUGGUACUGCUAUCCCAGAAUUGGAAGAUCCUCAACCAGUGUCUAUAGCCGUUAAGGCAUUCAUGGACAAUGGUUUGACUAACGAGUUGGUUGAAUUACUCGAGAAGAUCAUCAUCGAACCUUCUCCAUUCAACGACAAUCCAUCCCUUCAAGCUCUUCUGAUUUUGACUGCGAUUAAAGUUGAUCCAUCCAGGGUCAUGGGAUACGUUGAGAAGAUCGAUGCCUAUGAUCCAGAAGAAGUGGCACCUCUUUGUAUUGAGAAUAAUCUUUAUGAAGAAGCAUUUGCCAUUUAUGAUAAGUUUGAAAAGUAUCCUGAAGCAAUGCACGUUCUCACGGAUGAUAUUAUGUCGUUGGACCGCGCUAGCGAUUAUUCUGAGAAGCUCGAUAAACCUCAAAUUUGGUCUCAGCUUGGAGCCGCUCAGCUUAAUGGUUUACGUGUUUCGGAGGCUAUCGAAUCUUACCUGAAAGCUCAGGAUCCAUCCAACUUUGAGCAAGUUAUUGAUAUUGCAGAACAUGCCGGUAAGGAGGAAUCACUUGUUCCAUAUUUGAAGAUGGCUCGUGAGACUUUGCAGGAACCUGUCGUGGAUGGUGCACUUAUUAAUGCUUAUGCUACCUUGGACAACCUUGAUGGCAUGGGGAAGUUCUUGCAGUUAUCUAAUGUUGCAGAUUUGGAAACAAUUGGUGACAAGCUAUAUGACGCCGCAAACUACCAGGCCGCCAAAUUGAUCUACUCUAAUAUUUCCAACUACGCUAAGUUGGCUUCCACUUUGGUCUAUCUCAACGAUUAUCAAGGUGCAGUUGACUGUGCACGUAAAGCUUCUAAUGUCGGUGUGUGGAAGCAAGUUAAUCAGGCAUGUCUUGACAAUAAAGAAUUUCGCCUUGCACAAAUAUGUGGCCUCAAUUUGAUUGUUCAUGCUGAGGAAUUGGACGAGUUGGUAACUCAAUAUGAAUACAACGGAUAUUUCAGCCAGUUAAUCUCAUUGUUUGAAAAUGGUUUGGCUCUAGAAAGAGCACACAUGGGUAUGUUCACCGAGUUGGCUAUUCUUUACACAAAGUACCAACCGGAGAAGACCAUGGAACACUUAAAAUUGUUCUGGUCUCGUAUCAAUAUGCCUAAGGUGAUCGAAGCUUGUGAUGAGGCCCAUCUCUGGCCAGAGUUGGUUUUCCUUUACAAGCAUUAUGACGAGUGGGAUAAUGCUGCGCUUACGAUGAUGGAUCAUUCAGAAUGUGCAUUUGAUCAUGCUUCCUUCAAGGAAAUUAUUGUCAAAGUUUCGAACUUGGAAAUUUACUUCAAGGCUAUAAACUUCUACACAAAUUUCCAUCCUUCUUUAUUGAAUGACUUGCUUGCCGCACUUGUUUUGCGCUUGGACUUGCCUCGUGUUGUGAGAAUCUUCCAAAAAUCAGAUAACUUGCCAUUGAUCAAGCCAUUUAUUAUUUCGAUACUUGACAAGAAUAACUCUAUUGUUAAUCAGGCUUACCAUGACCUAUUGAUUGAGGAAGAGGAUUACAAAUCCCUUCAGUCUGUCAUUGAAGCUCACGAUAAAUUCGAUCAAAUCGGCCUAGCUGAAAGAUUGGAAAAACAUGACCUUAUAUUUUUCAGAAAGAUUGCUGCCAUAAUUUACCGUAAAAACAAGAAAUGGAACAAGGCAAUCACUCUAUUGAAAACAGACAAACUGUGGUCCGAGGCAAUCGAGACUGCUGCCAUGUCCGAACAAUCAAAGGUCGCUACAGAGUUGUUAGAAUACUUUGUGGAAACUGGCAACCGUGAAUGUACGAUUGCCACGUUGUACUCUUGCUACUCGUUGGUAAACUAUGACAAGGUUAUGGAACUCUCGUGGCUUUACACUCUUGGAGACUUGAUCAAGCCAUACGAGAUUUCAGUUGCCAAGGAGACUCAGACCAAGAUCGCCGAACUUUAUAGCGACUUGAAAGAUAGAGAGUCUAAGAAAGAAGAUGACGAGGAUGAAGAGUCUAACGCUCCUCAUAGGUUGCUUAUUACCAAUGGUACAGGAAUUCCUACCGGUGCAUCUCUUAACUACAAUCCAACGGGUGCAGGAUUUGGUAAUGGCGGUUUCUAG